AUGGAGGCCUCCCUCGACGAGCUCGUCUCGAACUACAACGAACUAAACGGCUCGACGGUCGAAGAGCUCGAUGCGGAACCAAGCCCCCUCGAGUUCAUGCGCUUCGUCUCCCGCAACGUUCCUUUCAUUGUCCGCGGCGGCGCAGCUUCUUGGAAGGCAGUUCGCGACUGGAACUACGGCCACCUUACCUCUGUUCUCCAGGGCCAGCCUGUCAACGUAGCUGUCACCCCCUAUGGAAACGCCGAUUCGCCCACCUUUUCGCCCGAGCACGACUGCACUGUCCUUGCCAAACCUCACGAGGAGUCUCAGCAUUUUGACCACUUUCUCUCCUACCUCAUCCGGCAGGAGACCGAUCCAACCUUUUCCUCCAACUCGGAGGUGAGAUACGCGCAGACUCAAAAUGACAAUCUUCGCGACGAGUACUUGUCCCUCUUCCCGGAAGCCCAACGAGACAUUCCCUUUGCCCGCAUAGCUCUUCAGAAACCGCCCGACGCUAUCAACCUGUGGAUAGGCAACUCCAAGUCCGUCACCGCCACCCACAAGGACAAUUUCGAAAACAUCUAUGUCCAGGUUCUUGGCAGGAAGCAUUUUGUGCUUCUGCCCCCGCUAUGCCACCCGUGCAUGAACGAGAGGAUGAUGCCCCAGGCAACCUAUGCUCGAGAUGGGAACUCUUUCUCCUUGCAACUCGACGAAGGCGCAGAGCCUGUCCCUUUUGCGACUUGGGAUCCCGACCACGCCCAGGUCAACCCCACAGCCCACUCCCACCUGGCCAGACCAAUUCGCCUUACUCUGGAGCCGGGCGACAUGCUCUAUCUACCAGCGAUGUGGUACGCUCCCCAGUUCACCUCCCCCAUCUUGCCUUUUCCCCCCUACGGCGGCGACACCCACGGCGGCUUCUGCACCCACUGA